GCAGCUUCCUGCCUGUGAGCCGAGAGGGGUGUGAGGUCGGGCCUGCCGGCUGCCACUGGUCCCCACUUCCUGAGGGGGCCGCGCAGAGCGCAGCGGGCACGCACUCCCCGUCUCGCCUUCGUCCCGGCACACGGCCCUCCCGGGGGGACAGGACACCAUGAAGUGGGAGGCGCUGGUCAUCGCGACCCUCCUGCAGGCUCAGUUCCCACCGGCAGACGCACAGAGCUUCGGCUUGCUGGACCCCAAACUCUGCUACCUGUUGGACGGGAUCCUCUUCAUCUAUGGUAUCAUCAUCACUGCCCUGUUCCUGAGAGCAAAGUUCAGCCAGAGUACGGACACCGUGGUCCAGGCACAGGGGCAGGGCCCAGGUCAGCUCUACAAUGAGCUCAACCUGGGGCGGAAAGAGGAGUAUGACGUGCUGGAUAAGAGACGCGGCCGGGACCCUGAGAUGGGAGGAAAGCAGCAGAGGAGGAAGAACCCACACGAAGGCGUCUACAACGCUCUGCAGCGGGAGAAGAUGGCUGAGGCCUACAGUGAGAUCGGGAUGAAACCCGAGAACCAGCGCCGCCGAGGCAAGGGGCAUGACGGCCUCUACCAGGGGCUCAGCUCGGCCACCAAGGACACCUACGACGCCCUCCACAUGCAGGCACUGCCGCCUCGCUAGCGGCUGGGCGCACGCUCCCAGGCCAGCCCUGCAGACACGGAGAUUGUGAGGCCCAGGACAAACCGUUUCCGACCUGGCUCGCAGCCCUCACCACUGAAGCCUUCCUCUCCCGGAGCAGGACGCUUCGCGCCGUGACCGUUUGGUCCCUUCCACUCCCAGCCCUUCACUCACAGGACUUUGCCUGGUGCGCCGUGAGGGAGAGCGUCCCUGGGCGGUGGCCGGUCCUCCGGGAGCCCAGGGGUCCUCAGUCUUGUCCGGGGACUGUGGCUCCUGCCUGGGGGUGGGGGAGGGUGGGGGAGGGUGGGGGAGGGUGGGCACUGCCCCCAGCCAAGCUUUUUGGUAAAGCCCUGCACAUGCACCCCCACCGAACAGUCCUAACUGUGCUGUCCAUUUACGCUGCUGUAAAUUUGGCUUCUGUUAUCAGCCGUCCAUCCCCCAACCCUACUUGAUAGCUCGUAAUGGGGCCGGGGGCAGCCUCCUCCUGCAAAGGUCUGGCCAAGGGGCUGGGCCGGCAGUGGGAAGGCUCUGGAGCCCCCCUCAGUCGGCGCCCCUCCCAUACCGUGGUCUGGGGCCAGACUCCCUGGGGCUGAAGGAGGAACUCACCCGUCUGCCUUCACGGGGGAGUCUGCCAGGAGUGAACUAGUGUAAAACCCCACGCCGGCACCGAGCGUGACCGGGCGGGGAGGCCAUGGCAGGGCCGAGGCCAUGUGCGUCCUGGGCACUGGUGCCCGUCACACUGAGUUCAGGGCACACCCAUCACCGUGCAGGCCUGCAGGGAAGAGUCCACACCACUUGGGCCCACAGAGACCCUGGAGGACAGGGGCCCAGAUGGACACCCUUCUGCUUGGCCAGGUUGAACUUACGCCGGUUUGCUAAAGCUGCCUCUUUGCCUAAUAAAUGCUUUGGUGAAAUCAC